AUGGCUAACGAUACGGUUGUGACUAUCGUCAGCGAUGCCCCCAACUUCACUCUAGUGACCGAUUUCGCUGAGAUACCGAGCGGCCUUUUGAUGCUUGGAUCGACUAAGCCCUAUCCUUUCGUUGAGGGUUCUUCGUCGGAGCAAUAUUCUGUCCAUAACCCUGCGACGGACGAGCUGAUCGGAGCAAUCAAUCUUGCAAGGCCCAAUGAGGUCGAUGCUGCUGUUGCUGCCGCCCGUGCUGCCUACGAGAGCGGACCAUGGAGCAAGUUCACCGGUGCCCAGCGCGCUGCGCUGUUAAACAAGGUCGCAGACCUUUUGGAGGCGAACAUAGCUGAGAUUGCCAAGGCCGAAGUCGAUGCCAUGGGCCAACCCACCACUAUCACAAGCGGUUGGAUCGUUCCUGCUGUUGCCCAGUGCUACAGAUACUAUGCUGGCUGGGCCGACAAAGUUGAGGGACAGACGUUUCCUGCUGAGGAUAGCUCUUUCAGAAUGACCCAGUAUGAGCCUUACGGAGUGUGCGCGGGCAUUGGGACGAUGGCGUGGAAGCUGGCACCUGCUCUAGCAGCUGGCAACACAUAUGUCUAUAAGGGCUCUGAGAAAUCGCCUUAUAGCAUUCUCGUGGUCGCUCGCCUGUUCAAGGAGGCCGGUUUCCCACCCGGUGUCGUUAAUAUUCUGACUGGUGCUGGCCAAACUGGGGCUCUCCUGGCCUCACAUAUGGACGUUGACAAGAUAAGCUUCACUGGCUCUGGCCUCACGGGACGAAAGGUUGCCGAUGCCGCGAACAAGAGCAACAUGAAGAGAGUGACGUUAGAGCUGGGUGGAAAGUCCCCUUCCCUCGUAUUUGACGACGCCAAUUUCGAAACCGCGAUACAAGCGAAUUCGCAAGGCUUUUUGUUCAAUUCCAGUCAAGCGUGCAUCGCCGCCUCCCGCUUAUUCGUCCAAUCCAGCAUUGCGGGCAAGUUCAUCGAAACACUCAAAACCCAUUUCCAAGGUGCUGUAGGCAUGAUGGGCGACCCGAGUGAAGCCUCUACUAUGCUCGGCCCACUUGCCGACAGCAAGCAGCUUGAGCGCGUUCUAGGCUUCAUUGAGGCAGGUAAGACGGAGGCGAAGCUGCUAGUCGGCGGUGAACGCAAAGGAGACAAGGGCGCGUUUGUCACUCCUACCAUCUUCCUGAAUCCCGGGAAAGAUAGCACCAUCUACAAAGAGGAGAUAUUCGGCCCAGUGCUAUCAAAUCUUGCUCGCGCUCUUCGAGUCGCGUCUAAAAUCAAGGCUGGCACCAUUGGCAUAAACGCCGCCUAUGCCCCGGAUAACAACCUGCCAUUUGGUGGCUUCAAGCAGAGCGGGACCGGACGAGAAUUGGGCAAAGAAGGGUUGCUGGCCUACUUGCAGGCAAAGUCUAUCAAGAUACACUUGGGCGCCUAGCGACUUUCCAUGUAGCUGAAAACAUGGCCAUCUUAAUACAUUGUCAGUCCUGGGUAUGACUCUACGAUCCAAGAGUGCGUUAUGAUUUCCUAGCUCUUGCAGUCUGAAUCCGCGUUCCUACACUUCUUCAAUUGAUCCUGACUACGUAACAUUAUUCGGAUAGGAACUAAGGAUCUAAACAAUCGAUGUGUUAGACUUGGCUCUACCUGUCGCCCGUUGACCUUUGUCUAGCCUAUUUCGGGCGACUAACAACACAGUCGAUACAUAACUGGCGAAACUGGAAUGGUAUUGUGUACAAAAGCUCAAUAAACAAAGUA